CAGCACCCAAAGUCGAAGGAUAGCUCUGGCCUUUCAAUGGAGGAAAGUGCUAGAUUUGACAGUGUUGUAUAAUAAAAUAAGCAAUUCUCAGGUUCCAUAUUUGUUUUGGAACGGUCGAAAUUGUCUUCAUUUAUUGUGAAAGACAAAACUGGCGUCAAACAUGCGUAAAAAUCAACGCUGUCCAUGCAGGGAACCACCGAGAAAGGAAUUAUCGCCGCUCAACUGAGGCCAAUCUCGAUUAUUUUUGUUAAUAAGGAAACAUAACAUAGCUAGCUAGCUAACAUUAGCUCCGUAGGUAGCUAGGUAAACGGUAUAUCUUCACAUAAAAGCAAAGUCAGAUAAUCAAGAUUGGAUCUAUCUUCGCACACCAGCAGGAAAACCUAUAGGCAGCAAUGGGUGCGUUCCUGGACAAGCCGAAGACGGAGAAACACAGUGCCCAUGGUGAAGGCAAUGGGCUACGCUAUGGCCUGAGCUCCAUGCAGGGCUGGCGAGUGGAAAUGGAGGAUGCCCACACAGCUGUGGUGGGCCUUCCCCAUGGACUCACUGACUGGUCCUUCUUUGCUGUCUACGAUGGCCAUGCCGGGUCCCGGGUGGCCAACUACUGUUCUGGCCACCUGCUGGAACACAUCUUGUCAGGAGGUGCUGAAUUUGGUGCAGGACCAGGCUCCGUGGAGGGGGUGAAGGAUGGCAUCCGCUCGGGCUUCCUGAACAUUGAUGAGUACAUGCGCAACUUCUCUGACCUGCGUCAGGGUCUGGACCGCAGUGGAUCAACAGCUGUGUGCGUGUUGCUCAGCCCGACGCACCUCUACUUCAUUAACUGCGGUGACUCGCGGGCCGUGCUGAGUCGAGACAGCAAGGUGGGCUUCUCCACACAGGACCACAAACCCUGUAACCCACGUGAAAAGGAGCGCAUCCAGAAUGCUGGCGGCUCAGUUAUGAUCCAAAGGGUAAAUGGAUCACUGGCCGUGUCCCGGGCCUUGGGGGACUACGACUACAAAUGUGUGGAUGGUAAGGGCCCCACAGAGCAGCUGGUGAGCCCUGAGCCUGAGGUGUGCGUGUUGGAGCGGGUGGCCGAAGGAGAUGAGUUUGUAGUGCUGGCAUGUGAUGGAAUCUGGGACGUCAUGUCCAACGAGGAGCUGUGCGAGUUUGUCCGCUCACGACUGCUGGUUUGUGAUGACCUGGAGAAAGUCUGUAACUCAGUGGUGGACACCUGUCUUCACAAGGGGAGCAGGGACAAUAUGAGCGUGGUGUUGGUGUGUUUACCUGGAGCUCCCAAGAUCUCUGAGGAGGCCGUGAAGAAGGAAGAAGAGUUGGAUAAAUACCUAGAAACUCGUGUUGAAGAGCUUCUGGGAAACUGUGGGGAAGCUGGAGUCCCUGACCUGGUGUCUGUCUUAAGGAGCAUUGCCUCAGAGAACAUCCCCAACCUUCCACCUGGUGGAGGCCUGGCCAGCAAACGGAGUGUGAUCGAGGCGGUGUACAACAGGCUGAAUCCUCACAGAGAAGAAGAAGGGGCCUGUGCGGGGGGAGAUGAGGAGGAGGAGGAGGAGGAGAGUGAGGAGGGAGGUGGCAGCACGGCAGCUCAUCUGUUGGAGGCUCUGCGGCAGUUCCGCCUGCACCACCGGGGGCAGUACCGAGCGGUGCUAGAGGACUCCCUGGCUGCUUACCGCCUGCAUGGGGAGAGUGCUGUCGAGGUGGAGGUAGCAGAGGAGAGCCAGAGAACCGGUGACGACGAUGACCAGGAGGAGCAGCCCACCUCCCCUCCCUCUCCCCCAUCCCCCCUGUCCUUACCCACUACUGCAGAACCGAAGGCCAGCCCAGAUGCGCCUGCCUCUGGGUCUGAUAUCUCCUCUGAAUAAGCACACACCCACCCUGUGAUCCAUCCUACCCCGAGCUAUGUCGGAGUGCUAUGACCUCUCCUCCUCUUUUUCUUUUCACAGAACUUGAGUUGACACACUGGCCAUUACUUGCCAUUAUGGUUUUUGACAAUUCAGUAAAAACAAAAAAUGGCUUUUGUGUGUAUUCAAAUUCUGUCUUUAAGACUCAUACUCUAUCAUAUCCUUCACGUAAUCAGGACUCUUAUCUUUUCUUCUUUCUUUUUUUUUUUUUCGCCCCCCCCCACCUUGGCUUGAAUUCUUGAUUUGUCAGUGGCUUUUACAAUAAAAAAAAGAUUUAAUAACCAUUGAUUAUCACAUAUAGAAAUGGUUGGUGAAGCCAAUGUGGACCAGACACUCCAUAGUCUACAUGCUCCUGUAUUUGCUAAUGGCUGACCCCCCCCCCCUCGCCUUCCUUCUCUCGGCUGCUAGCCUCACCCCACACCUGCUUACAGUGGACGAGCUGACAAAGAACAAGAGUGGAGACACUCUGAACUGCAGCUGUGCAACAUACUGCACUGUCUCCAGGCCUACUCCAUCUAUGGACCCAGAACACACUCGUUUAUGUAUAUAUGUAUGUAUGUACAUGUGUCUUCAUGAGUUUAAGUAACUGCACAACGGACCAGUUUUCUCUUUUGAUUAUGGUCUGGUAGUUCAUUUAUCUGAUGUAGGGUUGAUUAAAACAGUCUGGGUACUGAAAAAUAUCAAUGCUUCUGCAUUGUGCUUCAGAAAGUGGCCUCAAAAACACUGCUACACUGCUUUUCAACCACAGUGGUUGCAGUGCUAGUUCGGGGCACCAACUGGUUCAUUUUUGCUUUUCCACAGCCAGCUACAGAGCUAUGUGGUGCAGCACCUUAAAAUCUCUUCCAAAUUAUUUUCUAAUUCUCCUUGUACCACAGUGCAGGGACAUAGUUUAUUUUAAUAGAUCACACUAUUUGUCUAACUUUCCCUACAAACCUAAGUCUUCCUUCUACCAGAUUAUUUUAUAAAUGCUGUUUUCAACACGUCUGAAUAUGAAUAUUGCAACAAAAGAGAUUUAUAUACUUUGUUUGGAACAAUAUCUUUAAAACUCCAUGUUUAUGUUUGUAAAUGUAGCUGCAAAUACAUUUUAAACAUUUUGCUGAAAACAGAAAUGAUGAAAUAUGCCCUGUGUGGCUCUUUUGGCAAUUCUGAGCUCAUGAAGCUCUUCUGUUUAUUGUUCUGUUUGAAUGAGACAGACUAGACCUAACACCGGCUCAGGAUUAGUAAACAUUGUAAUCACAAUAUUUCAGUCUAUUUUGUUGAUCUACAUACAUAAACCCAUCCUCAGCCUCUCGUGAGCUCUUCUUUGCUGCUGUAGCAUCAGCUUUUUCAGGGCUGAAGUCAGCGCUUAAGCAGUCAAAGAAAAAACAGUUUUUGAGUUAGGCACUUCCUUUGAACCUACACUGGAAUCACUUUAGUGGAAAAACUCCUAUAAAUAGUAGAAUAUGUUCCUGGAUCUUGCUAUUGAGGUGGAUGUCAAAGUGUCAGUUAAGCCUGGAGCCAAACAAAGUUCUAAUACUCCAAUAAACAAAACAAAUUAAAUAAUUGGAUGGAUGAAAAAUGAAGUAAAAGUUGGCAGUUCUGCCAAAGUAUAUGAACAGAUGAAAGUUAAGCUAAGUAAAGCUGAACCAAACAACUUGUUUUGUUUUGCCUUCUGAUCUAAUUGAAGAAAAAAAGCUAAAAUGUUCUUUGCUUAAUGAUUUUCUCCCCCGUAAACAUACCUCCAGUUGAUAUAAACUCUUGAAUAUAAACAUCCAGAUGUUUAAUAUGUAGCGGUUCUGCAUAACUAUAUUACUAUGCAGUAUUUUUGUUUCUAAUAUGUUGACAUGCUGGCAUUCCUGUGAAAGACAGCUGUGGAAAUCCCUCCAUUGUUCACAAGCCACUAUUGAUCAAAAUGUAGAUCUCUAUUUGAGAUUACACUGCUGAAGUCAUGCUAUCAAACUGCGCUGUCAACAUUUAAGCAGUGAUACUUAGUCAAGGCUUGAUCACCAUGUUUAGAAUCUGUACAGCUACACAUGGAGCGGAUGCUGCUGAAUGCAUAUCCCAAAGCUGAUGGUAUAAGCUGUGGCUGAGUUUAAUAAAAGCCCAUAUAAAGCAUAUUUCACUCCUCUUAGGUCAUGACCACACCUGCUCAGAACAACACAAUUUUAAAUCUCCUCAUCAAGCUCUGAUUGAAACUGGCCGCUUGACUUCUAGUGCUUACUCUUCUUUAAAAGCAGCUAUAGCUAUUGUAUGAACCAGCCUUUUACUCAGUGACUCUUGUAAUGCGUGCUCUGCACUUAUCUUUUCAAAAUCUAAAGCACUUAAUAAUAAGAGGUGAGGUUAUGAUAAACUGUGUGUAUGUGUGUGCGCACGCAUGUGUAUGUAUGAGUUGCAUUUGUAUGUGGUUAUUUGGGUCAAAUCAGUCCUACAAGUGACAAAUAAAUGAGAUUUGAGGUACAAUGCAA